GAUUGGCUCACAGUAGCAGAGUUUCUCGCCUUGUUCUCGUCCUUUUAGUUUUUGAAUAUACCCAUGUCAAAAGCAUCAAUCUUUUUUUCCUAGGCGCUGCGUUUUGGGGGUUUUGGAAGCCGUUUUAGGGUUUUUGGGUCCAAUCAAUGGUGGUGGGAGUGUGACUGGGAUUCUUGGGCAUCGUUAUGUUGGUGUUGAAAAGGCAAGGCGCCGUUAACUUUCUCACACACCCUUCAAAGCACCGCCAACCUUUGAGUCUAGGUCGUCGUCUUCAUCGAUUUACAGAGAUGGCCGCCUAUUUGUACAACCAUAACUGUAAGGGAUUUCAUGCACAAGCCCCAAUUCCGCACCCAAAUCAUCGAUUCGCGGGUCUUGUUCGCCAGAUUCGGAAUCGAAAGACGUCCAAUUUGACCGUGAAAUGUUGCUUCAAUAGUAGCAAUCAUAACAAUAAUAGAGUCAAGGGCAAUGUGUUUGAGAAUCCGAAUGGGCGGUUGGUCUGGGAUUUGGAUUCGGAGCUCCGGAGAUCCCAGAAUGGUGGCUUUCAGGGGAGUCUUAAUGGGUUUCACAGCCAGACUCUGUCCCGGGAUAAAAUUGUGGUUGCUGUUGAUGUGGAUGAGGUUUUGGGCAACUUUGUGUCGGCUCUGAACAGGUUUAUUGCUGAUCGUUACGCGGCGAACCAUACGGUUUCGGAGUACCAUGUGUAUGAGUUCUUCAAGAUAUGGAAGUGUUCCCGUGAUGAAGCCGAUCUUCGUGUUCAUGAGUUCUUUAAAACAUCAUAUUUCAAGACUGGGAUCCACCCACUCCCAGGUGCUAAGGAGACGCUUAAUAAGUUGUCAGGAUUUUGUAACCUGUCAGUUGUGACUUCUCGGCAGAAUGCAAUCAAGGACCACACAAUUCAAUGGAUUGAAAGUCAUUUUCCAGGACUAUUUCAGGAGAUUCACUUUGGCAACCACUUUGCUCUACAUGGAGAGUCAAGGCCCAAGUCAGAAAUAUGCAGGUCUCUAGGAGCAAAGGUUCUGAUUGAUGACAAUCCAAGGUAUGCACUUGAAUGUGCCGAAGUUGGGAUCAGGGUUCUACUUUUUGAUUACGAGAACUCAUAUCCUUGGUGCAAGUCCGAUUCUGUUGAUCUACAUCCCCUCGUGACCAGGGUUCAUAACUGGGAAGCAGUGGAGAAGCAAUUAUUGGCAUGGGUUACUUCAUAGGUUUUUAGGACACACAUUACAAGAUUGAUCACUAGUUUAUCACGAUUCUUUGAGCUCAUUCUAAUACUUGGCAAGCACCUCAUGGAAGAAAGCAAACCUGAAUUGGUUUUGAACUCUUGAUUAUGAAUCUUUAUGAAGUCCAGGCAAAUAGGUUUGUUUUUCUGGUGAAAGCUGUCGUAUGAGAAUUGAUGAGAGGUGAAGAUGUUUUUUUAACAGAACCCUCUCUUCUGAGUCCCUUGAAGAAAAACUAGUUCUCAGAUUGCUAGUUAUGAUGGGAAGGCACAUUUAUUCUGUUGGUCAGCUAGCUCAAUAUUAACUGGUCUGGCCAGGACUAGUUUCUGUUCCUUAUCUUUUUAUAUUUAGGAAGAGUGUAGGGCUUAAGGGGAAACUCAAAAGAGAUGUAAAUAUGGAUGAUGACCAAAUUAAUCCAAAAGUUUUCAUUUAUGUGAUUUCAAGAAGGCGGCUGUCUGAAGCCGUUUUUGUUCAA